AUGGCGCAUACUGCCAAGUGUAAGCGUUGUAGCUCGGCACAGGUUGUUUUAAUCUCGAGGAAAGAGCCCUUCUGUGCAGAAUGUUUCUGCAAAUUCAUAUCGUUGAAGCAGAGGAAACAGAUGAUGUCCGAUCCAUACUUCCAGGACAUCUUCAAAGUGAUGUACCAAGAUAAGGUGAAGUCAGCAGAAGAGGCCGAGAAGCUGAAUGCAGAAUCCAAGGUGUUGGUGCCGCUAUCAUUGGGUUCAAGUUCAAUCGUCAUGCUAGAUGUUCUGAACAGCACCUUAGCUGAACAAUUAGAAACGCAUCGGGGCAAAGCGGGAUUUCAUGUCGAUAUUUUGGUCUGCUACUUUGAGAAAGAGAGGCGGGACAUUGAGGAGCGGCUCACUUCUCUUUUUAACGGCAGGUUACGGAAAAACAAACAUCAUUACAAGGUUCACCUCGUCGACAUUAACGCUUUCUUCGACUCGUCUAAACUCAUGCGUGUUCACCUACAGGACUCGAAUUACGUUGUGCGGUACUCCGAUGCAAGUUCCGACCAUAGGGCCGACUAUACAGUUGAUGAGCUUUUGGGAACGUGCUCUAAUCGUUCUGCGCGUGAGGAUCUAUUGAAUGUUAUCAGAACUGCUACGAUCAAGCUGUUUGCAUCACAUGGCUCAUACAAGGCUGUCCUAUGGGGACAUUCGAUGACGAGGCUAGCAGAUGAAAUAAUAUCCCUCGUCGUCAAAGGUAGAGCGUCCCAAAUCGCCAGUUCCAUGGACGAUACGAGUUUCGACGAAACUUUCCAAAGCUCUUUCAAAAACUUGCACCCGAUGCGUGAUGUUCUUCUCUCGGAAAUUGACGCAUACUGUCAUAUAUUUGACCUUACACAAUAUACUUACCAUUACACCCCACAGGAUACGCUGCUUGUAGAAAGGUCUACAAUCCCAGUUGUUACAGGUUCAAAGCUGACAAGAAAUAUGACAAUCAAUGAAUUAGCGCGCCAAUACUUCGAUAACAUUGAGGGAAACUACUCAAAUGUUAUCUCUACUGUGGUCAGAACCGGUGCUAAGCUCGAUGACCCAAAAAAUAAUCUGCCGACAGUAUCAAGGUGUCGAGUGUGCAAUAAUAAACUUUUCAAAGAUGGUUCAGAAUGGCUAAGGCAAAUCACUGUGAACCAUAGUCAUCCGAUCGAGAAUGAGGAGGAUCAAACUCUAUACGAUGCAUGGACGGAGUCCGAGCUUGGUAAAAUAAGAGGUGAAUACUUAAAAUUAACCGCAGAAAUGGAGCAAAACGGAAAAACGUUAUCGACAUGUUAUGGUUGCAUACUUACACUGGGAGAAGUAAGACACAAAAAUGUAUAUUGGCCAGAAAGCCCGCCCAACUUACUCAGAGAUGCUCUGGAAGAGUUCGUGCUGACUGACGAUGAAGAAGAAUAG